AUGGAAAACUAUCCUACCCAAAACGAAGAUAGUUUUAUUGAUCGCAAACGAGAUUGUGACUUGACAGACUCUUUGACAACUAAAAAACGAGUGAGCCAAGAACUAUACUCAUCAAUUCCCGAAAUUUCAGUAUUAAAUGGUCCAAAAUUUUCACCAACAUCGAAUCCACUUCCUUUUCAACACUUUAUGAAUUCUGAAGGAAACAUCCAGGCUGUCCAAAACGAAUCUUUUAAACAGCCAGAGAUAUUCACACAAAUUUCUACAGGUCUACAAACUGAAUACCAAAAUGCCGUUUCAUCAUUUCCUAAACAAAAUAAUAUACCAUCUACUAUCGUUCCACCAAAUUUCGAGAUCCGAAACGAAAAUUGCGAAAAUGUAGAAACUACAAAAGUGAUUGCGGGUUUGGGAAAUUUAGACAACACUUCGGCACAACAAAUAACAAAUCAUCUCAACGUUGUUGAUCAACAAAAAAGAGAAAAAAAAGAAAUACCAAACAAAAAACAAAACAACAACAAAAACGAAAAUGUUAUUCAUGUGACUAAAGAACUCAAAAUUACAAUAGAAAAAAAUUUUGAAGAACAACCAACACAAGAAACAACUGAGGAAAAAGAAGAAAAACAUGUAGGAAAAAAAACAAGAAAAAAACGGACGAAAAAAGCCAAAAAAGAGAAAGUUGAAAAAGCUAUAACCCCCAAAUUGAGGUUUGGAAAAUCCCCGAAAAAAACAAAAGAAGACACCCCGCUUAUUCCGACAGUUCAGAUCUUGGAAAUCAAAAAAGAACAAAAUGAAAAUAAUGGAAAACAGUCGCCACUUUUAACACAAACGGAGAAACAGUUACCAAUUGAACAAAAAAUUGAAAAAACCGAAAAAACUGAAACUUUGGUUGAUGAAAAAGUCGAAGUUAAAUGUGAAGAAAAAAAUAUAGAAAAUAAAAAAAGUGAACAAAAAGACGAAAAAAAAGAGGAAAAUGAAGAAAAAGAAAAUUGUGGUGGAACGAGCAAUGAACAAAAGGUGAAAGAGAUUGAAACACAACCCACGAAUGAGGAAAUAAAAAAAACAGAUGAACCGCUCAUUCCGCCAUCGAUGAUCUUGGAAAUAAAAACUCAAGUUGAAGAAACAACUAGUUCUAAAAUGGAGGAAGAACCCGGAAAAAAGGAAGAAAAAGAAGAUAAAAAAGAAACAAAUACCGAAAAUAACAAAAGUGAACAAAAAGAUGAACAAAAAGAGGAAGAUAAAAAAGAAGAAGUAAAAAAAGAAAAUAAAAAAGAAAACGAAGAUGGAACGAGCAAUGAACAAAAUGAGAGAGAGAUUGAAACCCAUUGGAACGAGAAGACAGAAGAAGCCAAAAAAAUGGAGGAAGAAAGUGAAGAAACAGACACAGAGGCGGUUGAUAUUGACGAACUCCAACAGCUUGACACUGACAUCUUUACAACCACUUUUGUGUUAAAAGAAGGGAGUAAUGUUUUCAACCCUGACAAGCCAUUUACUGAGUGGCUAGAGUCGAAGAACAAAGAGAUGUAUGGUGAAAACUGGAAAGAGGUCAUCAGGAAGGAAGUUGCUGAAACAAACGUGGAAGCCAACAGCAAUGACUCUGACGAAGGAAAAACGACAGAAGAAACCACUGAGAACAACAAAGAAGAAGAUUUGACUGGAAAGGCGGAAGAAUUGAAUGCGGAAAAGGAGUUGGAACACGCGGAAAAUAAAGCAAAAAUGAAGAAAAAUGUCUAUACGGACACACUCGACAGUCUGCAGCAGAAGAUAUUUGUCCAGUCGAAAAAACAAACUCGAUUUGGGUAUGAAAAGGACGAUGAAUUCAUCGACGACGAGGACUUUGAUAAAGUCCCAAGAAGGACUAAAGCAGUGGAAGCUAAAGUUGUUGAGAAAAAGGAGACGAAACCGCGAAAAGACAAAGAGAAGGACAAGGAUAAAGAAAUAGUCGAAACGAAAAGGAAGAAGAAGUCCGACAGGAGAAGCAAAAAGAGAAACCAGAGGAAGGAAGAGAGCGAAGAAGGGAAUGAAGAUGAGUAA